GCUUUCAUUGUUCUGGUGAAGGCGCCAUCUUUGCAAUGGCAACCCUUCGCAGGCUUAUCAUCCCCUUCCGUUCUUCUUUUCUUAGGACAAGUUAUUCUCAUUAUGGAUGUAAAGAAGGGUUUUUAGGAGGCGGUUGUCGUCGAUGUAGUAGUAUAGCGUCUUCCGAACCGAAAGUAUUGAAGUUUGAAGACCAAGAAAAACUGUUAGCAAAUGCAAAUGAUUCACUCUCUGAGGAAGAAAUCUCGAAAAUUAGGGAAGAAUACAAUGCUGCGAAGGAGAAGUUUCUAAAGAUUCCUGAUGCAUUGAAACAAAUGCCUAAAAUGAAUCCUAAAGGUGUAUACGUUAAUAAGAACAUGCGGUUGGACAGCAUACAAGUCUAUGGAUUCGACUAUGAUUACACGUUGGCGCAUUACUCCUCCAAUUUACAGAGCUUGAUUUACGAUGUUGCAAAACAACAUCUAGUUAAUGAGGUUUGUUUUUGUACUUUUCUUGUGGUAACUAUUCCAAGAAUAAACUUAAAAAAAGAGCAUGCAGGGUUAUGUUUUGCGGAUAAAGUAAACCCUUUGAUAGAUUGCUCUCUUAUUCAUUUUGUGCUUCAGUUCAAGUAUCCCGAUAUGUGCUUGGAAUUCAAGUAUGAUCCAAGUUUUCCCAUCAGAGGGCUAUAUUAUGACAAAUCGAAGGGGUGUCUUAUGAAGUUGGACUUUUUUGGGUCAAUUGAGCUUGAUGGUUGCUACUAUGGCAGGCGCAAGCUCAGCCGGGAGGAAAUAGAUGAGAUGUAUGGUACAAGACAUAUUGGCCGUGAUCAAGCACGGGAAUUAGUUAGUUUGAUGGAUUUCUUCUGUUUCAGUGAGGCAUGCCUUAUUGCUGAUAUUGUGCAACAUUUUGUUGAUGCUAAAUUGGAAUUUGAUGCUCGUUAUGUAUAUGAAGAUGUGAAUCGAGCGAUACAGUAUGUUCAUAAUAGCGGGUUAGUUCACAGAGGAAUUCUUGCUGAUCCCGCCAGAUACCUUGUAAAGAAUGAUCAACUACUACGCUUUCUAAGGAUGCUGAAGGAUAAAGGAAAGAAACUUUUCUUGUUGACUAACUCUCCCUUUUAUUUUGUGGAUGGAGGGAUGCGCUUUAUGUUGCAGGAUUCUUUGGGUCAGCAAGAUUCCUGGAAGGAACUUUUUGAUGUCGUAAUUGCUAAAGCAAACAAGCCAGAGUUUUACAAAUCUGACCAUCCGUUUCGCUGCUAUGAUGUGGAGAAGGACACAUUGGCUUUUACAAAAGUUGAUGCUUUCUUGCCUGGUAAAAUUUACUACCAUGGAUGCCUCAAAGCAUUCUUGCAGAUUACAAAGUGGAAAGGUCCAGAGGUGAUAUAUUUUGGCGAUCACCUCUUUAGUGAUCUAAGAGGACCUUCAAAAGCGGGGUGGCGGACUGCUGCCAUCAUCCAUGAAUUGAAGAGUGAGAUCAUGAUUCAGAAUGAUAAUUCUUACAGAUUUGAACAGGCGAAGUUUCACAUAAUGCAAGAACUUCUUGGUAGGCUUCAUGCCACCGUAACUAGUAGUAUGACAAGUGAAGCAUACAAGUCUCUCCUUAGGGAGCUCAAUGAAGAGAGACAAAAGACUCGCUACAAAAUGAAGGGAAUGUUCAAUAAAUCAUUUGGAGCUACGUUCCUCACUGAUACUGGUCAGGAGUCUGCUUUUGCUUACCACAUUCAUCAAUAUGCAGAUAUCUAUACUAGUAAGCCUGAGAACUUUUUGUACUAUCCACCCGAGGCUUGGCUUCAUGUGCCCUACGAUAUAAAAAUCCUGCCACACCAUCUAAAGGUUUCAUCAAAUUUGUUCAGGACUUGACUACAUCUAUCAUAUUGCCAAUGUCCAAGAGAUCUUAAAUCAGUAUACUAACUUUUACGGCGAUCUGGAUAUUCUCCGACAACCCAUUUUCUGGAAGAAAUCGCUGAAUUUUUUGGUAGAUUCAUAAAUAUUCUAAUGUUCUGAUAAAAUUGGAACGAUAUAGAAAAAAAAUAGCGAUUUUGGGUGAUUGUAGUAUAUGCCCUUAAUUCAUUAUGGUAGGCAUAGUUCUUGUCUUUAUGGAGAGAAAAGAAAAGUUUAAAGGGGCAGCAUUCUUAUAGUAGAUGAUUAAUAUUCAAUUAUUCUUGCAAGUAAGUGAAUAAAAUGUAUGAAACAGUAGAUAAUAUUUGUCAAACACAUAAUUAGAAGUUGAUGAUAAAUUUUUCAAUCAUUUGAA